AUGGAGGACCAGUUCGGUGGCCGCACAGACGACGAUCUCUUCUACGACGACUUCGAGCCGGUCGAGUCUGAGGCUGUUUUGAUACAGGAAGAUCACCAUUAUCAGCCCGAGCCCGAGCCCAUACCUAUCCCAGCCUCAAUACCAGCUUCAGUCCCUUCUCCAGUCUCUGCUGCCCCAGCUCAAGCUCCAGCUCCUGCGCAACAAGCUGCUCCUCCACAGCCAGUGUCAGCACCGCGGCAGAGCCAAGCUCCCUCAUCUUCAAAGCCCUCACCCGCUCCCGCUGCAGCGAAAAACAAGAAACCCCUUCACCCAGGUAAAGGCCUCUCGUCGUCUCGUUUCGCCGAUAAGCCUGCUCCAAAGCCGUCGCCAGCACCGGCAAAGGCCCCUACACAGGCCCCGAAGCCAGCUCCUGCACCAGCUGUCACCGAAGCACCCGUCCAAGCUCCCGAGGAAGUGCCCGAGCAGUCUCCCCCUCCUCCCAAUGCAGCAACCGGCCCCAAAGAGAAGCCUCAGCGCUCGUCACCGUCGCAAAAUACCGCUGUGAGCGCCGAGAUCCGUGCAAAAUCCGGCUCCAACCCACGCCAGAAGCUCACAGAAGACGAACUCACUGCAAAGAUGGAGAAGAUGAAGCUUCUGUCGGCAGAAAAAGCACGCAAAUUCGAAAUGGCAGAGCAAGAUGAGAAGCAGCACGCAGCGGCUUACGCGCGAGGGAUGGAGGAGGCUCGCAAAAGAAGAGCCGAGGACGCGGAGAGGAGGAAACGUGGCGAGGAGGAGAAGCGCAAACUGGAUGACGAGCGGGCGAAAAACAGAGAGAGGAAACUCAAGGCCAUGAACAUCAAGGAUGGGAGUUGGGAUGAGGGCAAGCAGGCUUUGGCCGACGAAGAAGCCAGACAGGGCUUCCGCGGCGCAAAUGGUGGCAUCAGAGGAGCCAAGACUCGCGGCCUUGGUGGGAGUCGAUUUGCCAGAGAUGAUGAGGGACCGGAUGUCGAUCGCUUCUUGGAUGACCGCUACCGCGGUGGCGGUGGUCGGGGGCGAGGAGACCGUGGAAGAGGCGCCAACGGCAACGGUAGAGGCCGAGGCCGAGGCCGAGGUUCAUUUGAUGGACCAGUUGGCGACUCUCGCCCAGCGAAGCAGCAGCAAGUCCCUGCUGUAGACGACUUUCCUUCACUGCCUUCAGAAAACACCAAGGCCAAGGCAGAACCGGGACAGAACAACAGUGCAGCAUCGAAGCCCACCAUGGCACAGGCAGCAGCAGCCCCUCCCCCGCCUUUGCCCAUCGUCCUGGGCGGCGGCAAGUGGGACGAUGAGAUGGAGGAGCUCGACGCUUUGAAUCAAGCUCAGUCAUAA